AUGGCUUUUGAUUUGAGACAAGUAGUUGCUGGUAUCCUCACACUCACAAUGUUUGUCAUGCUUAUUCAUAUGAUUAAAAGGGAUCAUUUUGAUUCUGUUCAAGAUAAAACAUUUCCAGGAUCAACAGAGGAUGCAACCUAUGAAACUGUAAAGAUGGAUGCUACACAUGUGAGAAAGAAUAUAGGACUUUGGAAGGGAGAUACCGAUGAGUUAAAACCGUGUUGGGUUAAGCCAUCUGGAGAUGAAGUGGAGCAGACGGAGGGAUUUGUUAUUUUUUCAUUAACCAAUGGCCCCGAGUAUCAUAUAUCUCAGAUAGCAGAUGCGGUGAUUGUGGCUAGAAAUCUUGGGGCAACACUUGUCGUCCCUGAUAUCAGAGGAAGCCAACCUGGUGACAAGAGGAAUUUCGAGGACAUUUACGAUAUUGAUGUGUUCACAAAAAGCAUGGAAGGAGUGGUUAAAGUGACAAAGGAACUUCCUGCUCAAGUAACAACAAAUAAAAUUGCUGCAGUGAAGGUCCCCAAUCGGGUUACCGAAGAUUACAUAGCUAGACACGUGGAACCAAUAUAUAGAUCAAAGGGAAACGUAAGGCUAGCAACUUACUUUCCUUCAAUAAACAUGCGAAAGUCAGGGAAAAAAGGUGACACCGAUUCCAUUGCAUGCUUAGCAAUGUAUGGAAGUUUGGAGUUACAGCCGGAAAUGCACGACCUUGUUGACUCAAUGGUUGAAAGACUCCGAACUUUAAGCCGAAAAUCAGAUGGUCAAUUUAUAGCUGUUGAUUUGAGAGUUGAGAUGUUGAACAAGAAGGGUUGCCAAGGAAAUGAUGAUAGUGAUGGUGAGAAGAGCUGCUUCAAUGCACAAGAGAUUGCAACGUUUUUGAGGAAGAUUGGAAUUGAUAAGGAUACCACAAUUUAUGUGACGCAAUCAAGAUGGGAUGAUAGCCUUGAUUCUCUUAAGGAGUUUUUCCCUAAAACUUAUACAAAGGAAUCCAUCAUGCCGGCAGAUAAGAAAGCGAAGUUUCUAGAUUCUGGAGAUUCUGAAUUGGAGAAUGUGAUUGACUUUUAUAUUAGUACCGAAAGUGAUGUUUUCGUACCAGCAAUUUCAGGUCUAUUGUACGCAAACGUAGCUGGUAAGAGAAUUGGUUCUGGUAAAACACAAAUAUUAGUUCCGUCCGAAAUUUCAGAUUCAUCGGCCUCAGCCUCGAGUUUCUUGUCCCCUUAUAUCUCAAAGAAAAAUCACUUUGCAUAUUCUUGUUACUGUUAG